CCACCCGGCUCCGGGCGUAGAGCUCGCCGCGGGCGGACGGGUUCCUUCCGGAGGCGCCUGCGAGAGGCAGGUGCGCGGCGCGGACUACAAGUCCCAGCAUGCCCCGCCGCCCUGACCCGGCCCCUGCUGCCACUUAAAGGCUCCGGGAGCCGCAGCCGUCGGGUCGCCGCGGCUUUCGCUUUGCCGCCGCCGCCGCUGCAGGGCGGGCGGGAGCAGCCGGCUCCGUCGCCGGCUCUACUCGCGUCCCUUCUCCGGCUGCGCCAAGGGGCGCUCCUCGUGCAACCCUCCCGGCUCGGGGAUCCCCUUCCGCGCCCGCGCCCCCCGGGUCCCCCGCCUCAGCCACCCCGCGGCCCCGAUGCCGAGGCAUGGAUAGAGCGGCGCGGCGCGCGGCGGCGAUGGGGGAGAAGAAGGAGGGCGGCGGCGCGGGGGACGCGGCGGCCGCCGAGGGGGGCGCCGGAGCCGCGGCCAGCCGGGCGCUGCAGCAGUGCGGGCAGCUCCAGAAGCUCAUCGACAUCUCCAUCGGCAGCCUGCGCGGGCUGCGCACCAAGUGCGCCGUGUCCAACGACCUCACCCAGCAGGAGAUCCGGACCCUGGAGGCAAAGCUGGUCCGGUAUAUUUGCAAGCAACGGCAGUGCAAGCUGAGCGUGGCUCCUGGUGAGAGGACCCCAGAGCUCGACAGCUACCCCCGCUUCAGUGACUGGCUGUACACCUUCAAUGUGAGGCCGGAGGUGGCGCAGGAGAUCCUCCGAGAGCUCACGCUGGACGCGCUGCUGGACAUGAACGAGGCCAAGGUGAAGGAGACGCUGCGGGGCUGCGGGGCGAGCGCGGAGGAGUGCGGCCGCCUGCAGUAUGCCCUCACCUGCCUGCGGAAGGUGACAGGCCUGGGAAGGGAGCACAAAGAGGACUUGGGCUGGAGCGCAUUGGAUGCCCGGCGGGAAAGCGGCUCAGGGCCUUCCACGGACACCCUCUCACCGGCCAGCUUGCCCUGGCCCCCGGGGAGCGGCCAGCUGGGCAGGAUGGGCAGCAAUGCCCAGGGCCCCCGCUCCGUCUCCGUGUCAGCUCUGCCCACCUCGGACUUCCCAACGCCUGGGCCCGGCGAGGGCCUCACGGACACCUAUAUCCCCCUGCAUGCCAGUGGCCGGCUGACGCCCCGCGCCCUGCACAGCUUCAUCACCCCCCCAACCACGCCCCAGCUACGGCGGCACACCAAGCUGAAGCCGCCACGGACGCCACCCCCGCCCAGCCGCAAGGUCUUCCAGCUGCUGCCCAGCUUCCCCACGCUCACCCGGAGCAAGUCCCAUGAGUCUCAGCUGGGGAACCGCAUCGAUGAGGUCUCCCCCACUUCUGUCUUCUCCAGGUUUGAUCUCCCCCACGGCUCCCCGCAGAUGGUACAGAGGGACAUCGGGAUCUCGGUGACACACAGGUUCUCCACCAAGUCCUGGCUGUCACAGGUCUGCCACGUGUGCCAGAAGAGCAUGAUGUUUGGAGUGAAGUGCAAGCACUGCAGGUUGAAGUGUCACAACAAGUGCACAAAGGAGGCCCCCGCCUGCCGGAUCUCCUUCCUUCCAAUAGCUAGGAUUCGGAGGACAGAAUCCGUCCCUUCGGACAUCAACAACCCGGUGGUCAGGGCGGCCGAGCCCCAUUUCGGAACCCUCCCCAAAGCACUGACCAAGAAGGAGCACCCUCCAGCCAUAAACCACCUGGACUCCAGCAGUAACCCGUCCUCCACCACGUCCUCCACGCCCUCCUCGCCGGCUCCUUUCCCAACAUCCUCCAACCCAUCCAGUGCCACCACACCCCCCAACCCCUCGCCCGGCCAGCGGGACAGCAGGUUCAACUUCCCAGCUGCCUACUUCAUUCAUCAUAGACAGCAGUUUAUCUUCCCAGACAUCUCCGCGUUUCCACCGGCGGCGGCCCCGUUCCCCGAGGCGGCGGACAGCACCCGGCCCGACGACCAGCCGAAGGCAGACGUGUCGGAGGAUCAUGAAGUGGAGGCCGAGGAGCCGGAGGCCGGCAAGUCGGAGGCCGAGGACGACGAGGACGAGGUGGACGACCUGCCCAGCGCCCGCCGCACCUGGCGCGGCCCCAUCUCCCGCAAGGCCAGCCAGACCAGCGUGUACCUGCAGGAGUGGGACAUCCCCUUCGAGCAGGUGGAGCUGGGCGAGCCCAUCGGGCAGGGCCGCUGGGGCCGCGUGCACCGCGGCCGCUGGCACGGCGAGGUGGCCAUCCGCCUGCUGGAGAUGGACGGCCACAACCAGGACCACCUGAAGCUGUUCAAGAAGGAGGUGAUGAACUACCGGCAGACGCGGCACGAGAACGUGGUGCUCUUCAUGGGGGCCUGCAUGAACCCGCCCCACCUGGCCAUCAUCACCAGCUUCUGCAAGGGGCGGACGUUACACUCGUUUGUGAGGGACCCUAAGACGUCGCUGGACAUCAACAAGACGCGGCAGAUCGCUCAGGAGAUCAUCAAGGGCAUGGGGUAUCUGCAUGCCAAGGGCAUCGUGCACAAGGAUCUCAAAUCCAAGAACGUCUUCUAUGACAACGGCAAAGUGGUCAUCACCGACUUCGGGCUGUUCGGGAUGUCGGGCGUGGUCCGAGAGGGGCGGCGUGAGAACCAGCUGAAGCUGUCACACGACUGGCUGUGCUACUUGGCUCCUGAGAUCGUGCGCGAGAUGACCCCUGGGAAGGAGGAGGAUCAGCUGCCCUUCUCCAAAGCUGCUGACGUCUACGCAUUCGGGACCGUUUGGUAUGAGCUGCAAGCAAGAGACUGGCCCUUUAAGAACCAAGCUGCAGAGGCCUUGAUCUGGCAGAUCGGAAGUGGAGAGGGAAUGAAGCGCGUCCUGGCCUCGGUCAGCCUGGGGAAGGAAGUCACGGAGAUCCUGUCUGCCUGCUGGGCUUUCGACCUGCAGGAGAGGCCGAGCUUCACGCUGCUGAUGGAUAUGCUGGAGAAACUGCCCAAGCUGAACCGGCGGCUCUCCCACCCCGGGCACUUCUGGAAGUCUGCUGACCGCUGGCGGAGCCGGUACUACGGGAAAGGACGCGACGGCCACCCUGACUUUAAGAACCCCUGCCCCGUUCUGGAGGAAUAGUUGUAGGCCUGGCUGCCUCGCAUGUGCUGGGGCUCUCUCCCUCCUAAUCGUCACUCGGCACCUCGACUCCUGCUGCUCACACGCAAACCGAGACGCGGGCAACUAACCCGGGGGACACCACCUCUGCCGCUCCGCCUGCUCUCCUGAGGCCGCCUCCUCUUUUGCUUUGUUUGUUAUUAAAACCGGCCCCUCCGUCUCCACGGCCUGCGUGUGCCUGAAUAACCGGUGUCUGCGAGGACCCCCUAACCAAGCCCCUCCCGGAAGGCCCUGGACGUGGCUUCACCCCCUCUAGCUCUUCCUCUGCGGGUGCUAGCGUGUUUUGUCGGGCGGCCCCGCCUCCUACUAACAGCGCAGUGAGACCUGUGCCCUCCCCCCGCCCUGCCAACCUGCACGCUGCCAACCCCAGCACGUCGGCCUCCCCGUGGCUGGGUCCAAAGAGCAGGGGGAGGGGACCUGCUUGGCUGUUAACCGGAGGGAUCUCGUCCAACAAGGAGCGGGGCGAUUCCAGAGCUGCCCCGGGCCGUCCCCUCUGCAGGGCGGCGGGUGGGGGACCCUCCACGUUCUGUUGCCGUAGAAGACGCCAGCUUGGAAGGACUGCUCGGCAGCGCUCAGGGGUGUCGUCUGAAAGCAAGGGGGCCUGUCUCCAAACUGUUUCGCUGAUGAAAGCAAAGCUCCUAUCUCCCCACCCCACCCCCCCACCCUUUACAUCUGCCUAGUGCAGACUGCGAUUCCCAGACCCCGAGUCAGCUCAUCAGGAGAGUGGUUGGAGGGCACCCAGAGUCCCUGCAUUGUUGCCAAAUGCAGAUUCCUGGGGGGCCCCAGACCCGAACCCGGUCUCUGGAGGCUGGCUGGCUUUCAAGGUGGCCCUGAUGUUCUCCAGUGUGUGAGGCCCGUUUCUCACAGGAACUGGGGUCGGGUGUCCCUUCUCCCAGUUCCUUUGGGAGAACGAGCUUCCCUGGGCAGCUCCUGGGGGCUGUGAGGUGCGCCAGCGGCCGCCCUCCAGGGGACGCGUGGCCGAGGCUGGGCUCCCGGCACGACCUGACCCGGCACGACCAGGAGCAGCUCUGGCGAGACCACAGGCCGUGGACUCGUUCCCCCUUCUUGGUGGGCUGGGUCCUCGGUGAGCUUCCGGAACUGGCCCCCUCCUUAGCGCGGGUCAGCCUGACCUGGCCGAGGCCGGCGGGCCGGUAACCCUUGUUUCUGUUCCUCUUCGCAGCAUUAACAGCAGCAAAGUGGUCCCCCGGUUUGAGAGGUUUGGCUUGGGCGCCCUGGAGGCCGGUAACCCAAAGAUGUAGCCAGCUGUGCGGUUCCCCCCGCCGAGUUCCUCCCUUUUCAGUGUGCCUCUGAAACACCCGCACAGCCACCGCCACGGGGAGCAGCGCCCGCCGGAGCGCCACGAGCCAGGAGCGUGCGCGCUGGGCUCGGACUUGUUUGCGCCCAGAAAGCACUCGGGCCUCGGAGACCGAGCUGCACCUGCGGCUUCUUAACCUGACAACACCAACCACCAAACCCGUCCCGACGGGCAGCCCAUGUUUACAUGUACGUUUCCGCGGAGCGAGCUCCACGUGUUCCAAUAGGUAAUAAUAAAGGCGGGCUGUGCCCCGGUGCGCCCGCCCCGUCGGCCGGCCGGCCGGCCGGGACAGCGGCCGUGGUGUCCCUGUGGACAGUCCUAUCACAGGGCAGGGAGCCCGCGCUGGGCCGGAGGAAGGAAAGCCUCCUGGUUGUGGAUGUUUCGGAGGCAGGAUGGGGGACCACAGGCCUGACCUCGCCUCUGCUUUGGCUCUAAACCCAGUCGGGGUGGGGGGAUGGGGGGAGCUCUCUCUUGGCCGGGGUCUCCCCUCGUCCCUUCCUCCUCUCGCAGAGGAAGCCCUGGCUGGGAACCCAGCUGGAAUACGAGGGCCCCCAGAUCCCAGAGAGCUGGGUUCACCUCUGACCCCUGCGGCUCCGCCCGUCCCAGCGGGACACGCGGAGACGGAUCACAUCCGGAUAACAUCUGCAGGGGUCCGGCGGCUCCCGCCAGGUUCCACCUUCUGCAGAGGCGUUUCCUUCGUGCCACCAGGGCGGCAGCCGGGGCCUCGGCUUUUCAGGCUCCCGAAUCCCAGAGCCAAGGCUGUGUGUGCCAUGAGGGCUCCGUGAGGCCAGGGAAGGUGCAGGGGAAGCAGAAGCAGCAGUGGGUUCCCGAACCCCACCUCCCAGCCACAGGGUGACCUGGCUGGCCCCUUGGAAACCCAUCCUGUCACCCCAAGGCCUGGAGCCGCCCAUCUCUUCCCCGGUCCCGGUGCUCUUGAAGCCCCUCAGCCCACUCCUGCUCCCCUGCUGUCCGGGUGCAGAGCUAACAUGGGGGGCGGGCCCCCCAUUCUCCAGAGCCUUCCCAGCACCAAGUCAGGCCUCUGUCUGACCCGAAGGACAGCCCGUGAUGAGAGAGCCUCCUGCCCGUCUUCCUUAGAAGCUGCCGCCUAAAGAGACACGUCCCACGCGGCAAAGAAGCCCGUCAGUGGGCGUUCUGUCCUCUCAGGCUCCCAACCAGCAAUGACCAAGGCGGGAAGAGUGGCCAUGUGGCCGCAUGCAGGCCCAGGACCUGUGUCCAUGCUCUGAGCCAAGAUGGAGGGCACGUGGUCCCCCCACCCCUUUCAUUCAUGCCCCUAGCAAAGCUCCCAAUCUCCAGAGCAGCCCCCGGUCUGGCCAAAAUGCCAUAUGAAACGGGCCUCUGCCCAGACGCUGUGAGCUGUGGGCCCCUCGCCAGCGUUCUGGCUGAACCGUGCGUAGAGAGCACAGCUGCGGGCAAUGCAAGGUGCCCGGCUCCCGCUGCCCAUCAGCCCUCCAGACGGGAGCGCCUUCCCAGUUAGGGUGUGGGAGGGCGGCGGGAGCUGGAAACCAGUGGCUUCAGCUCUUGUGGGGCUGUCCUCUGUGGGGCUGUCCGUUUCUCCCCAUCCUGCCUUUGGCUUCCCCCAUCAGCCCUCUACAUGGUUGUGGAUGUUUUUUGGGGGCAGCAUGGGGGACCACGAAUCUGACAUCAGACCCCACCUAACAUCACAUAGUGUGUGGCUGCUGCCUCUCAGCUUCCCCCUCUGAGCCCGAGGCCGUGCUGGGGAACCCUGGGGCUGGACAGCAGCUGAGCACCCGGGGCCCGGGACCUCCUCCCCCACCAAAGUCAGCCUGCGUUCUGCUUUCUUCUCACGAGUGUGACACUCGUGGGUCAGCUCAAGAAGCUUUCGUUGAGCAGCUCCCGUGCCCUGUGCACGUGCUGGGGGCCUGGUGACCGGACAGUCACCGUCUCCUCCCUGAUGGAACGGACGGUCUGCCAGGAACCCCACGAGUGUCGCUGAGGGUCUGGGGGCAGUUCUCCUCCAAGGCCCAGGGCAGCCUCCCCACGCAUAGCCUGCACUUCCUGUCAUUGAAGAGAAACACCCGGGAAGCCCCCACGGGCCCCUGUUCCCCUCGGUUUCCAUGACUGUGAGUGAGGUUAGGAAGGCGUGCUGGCCCUCCGGGUGUGCUCCCUUCCUGCCUUGGAAACAUGAAGGUCGGCAGAUACUGUGAAUUCAGCCUCGUGGCCAACUGUGAAGGGAAGGAGAAGCUGGGAGGCCUCCUUGGAGAGUGCUCUGGGGGCUGCAGAGGUCCGCACGGGGUCAGAGCGGAGCCCAAGCAUUGGCCCUUCAGGCCCCCCCACCCCCCCCCUAAGUCCUGGGGUCUGUGUCCCCACUGCCUUUAGCCACCAGAGCCGCAGCCAUUGCGCCUCCAUCCAACCUGAGGUCCUGAGUCCCAGAGUUCCCUGUUCGUCGUGAGCGGUGCAAAGUGACCUCUCCACGUCACCAAACUAAAGAUGGGCCGGGGCCCUGGACUCUGCCGGCUCCCAGCGGUUCCUGUGACCUCGGAGGGGCGUGGCGCCCUGUGAGCCUGUGUUCGGUGUUGAUUUGGGGGCAGGAGGAGACGUAACUGUGAAGCCUGUGGGAUUCGGCGACGUCGGCCGGGAUUUCACCAGCGCGCACCCCCUGCGUCUCUGGUGGCCGCCAGGCGCACACUCGCUGUGUUGAAUGUGAUGUAAAAUUUUGUACAGGAGAAGUUUUUAUAUUUUCUACCAACCGCAUUUGUCUUCCAGAAAUGCUAUUAAUUUAAAUUAAAACGAUUAGUAUUAACG